GGGCGCGGCGCGGCCAUGGGGGCUCUCCCGGCGCUGCUGGCGGCCGCCUUGCUGUGGGCCGGCGCCGGGGCCCUCGUCAACCUCAAGUACUCGGUGGAGGAGGAGCAGCGGGCCGGCACGGUGAUCGCCAACGUCGCCAAGGACGCCCGGGACGCCGGUUUCGUGCUGGACCCCCGGCAGCCCGCCGCCUUCCGGGUGGUCUCCAACUCGGCCCCGCACUUGGUGGACAUCAGCCCCGGGUCCGGGCUGCUGGUGACCAAGCAGAAGAUCGACAGGGACCUGCUAUGCCGACAGAGCCCCAAGUGUGUCAUCUCGCUUGAGGUGAUGUCCAGCUCCAUGGAGAUCUGCGUGAUCAAGCUGGAGAUCAAGGACCUGAACGACAAUGCACCCAGCUUCCCCACGGACCAGAUCGAGCUGGAGAUCUCGGAGACGGCCAGCCCCGGCACCCGGGUGCCCCUGGAGAGUGCCUACGACCCGGACUCAGGCAGCUUCGGCGUGCAGAGCUAUGAGAUCACCCCCAACGACCUCUUUGGGCUGGAGACCAAGACACGGGGUGAUGGGUCCCGUUUUGCUGAGCUGGUGGUGGAGAAGAGCCUGGACCGUGAGACCCAGUCCCACUACAGCUACGUGAUCACGGCGCUGGAUGGCGGCGACCCGCCCAACUUUGGCACAGUGGAGCUGAGCAUCCGCGUCAUCGACUCCAAUGACAACAACCCGCUCUUCGAGGAGCCAGCCUACACCGUCAGCGUGCCUGAAAAUGCCCCACCGGGGACGCCGGUCAUCCGCCUCAAUGCCUCUGACCCCGACGAGGGCACCAACGGCCAGGUCCUCUACUCUUUCCACAGCUAUGUCUCUGAGAGGGCCCGGGAGCUCUUCCAAAUCGACCCCCAGAGUGGCCUCAUCACGGUGAGCGGUGCCAUCGACUAUGAGGAGGGCCACGUCUACGAGCUGGACGUGCAGGCCAAGGACUUGGGGCCUAACUCCAUCCCUGCCCAUUGCAAAGUGACCAUUAGCGUGCAGGAUGCCAACGACAACCCGCCCCUCAUCAACCUGCUCUCUGUCAACAGCGAGCUGGUGGAGGUGAGCGAGAACGCCCCGCCGGGGUACGUCAUCGCCCUGGUGCGCGUCUCGGACCGCGACUCCGGGGCCAACGGGCGCGUGCAGUGCAAGCUCCUGGGCAACGUGCCUUUCCGACUGCAGGAGUACGAGAGCUUCUCCACCAUCCUGGUGGAUGGGCGGCUGGACCGGGAGCAGAGGGACCAGUACAACCUCACCAUCCAGGCCAGGGAUAACGGCAUCCCUUCCCUGCAGGCCACCAAAUCCUUCACCGUCAAGAUCACCGAUGAGAACGACAACCAUCCCCACUUCUCCAAGCCCUAUUACCAAGUCAUCGUGCAGGAGAACAACACCCCAGGGGCCUACCUCCUCUCGGUGUCAGCCAGAGAUCCUGACCUGGGCCUCAAUGGCAGCGUGUCCUACCAGAUCGUGCCCUCCCAAGUCAGGGAUAUGCCUGUUUUCACCUAUGUCUCCAUCAACCCCAACUCUGGAGAUAUCUAUGCUUUGAGGUCCUUCAAUCAUGAACAGACCAAGGCCUUUGAGUUCAAGGUCUUGGCAAAAGAUGGGGGUAAUCCCUCUCUGCAGAGCAAUGCCACCGUCAGGGUGAUCGUCCUGGACGUCAAUGACAACACGCCCGUGAUCACGGCCCCGCCGCUGGUCAAUGGCACGGCGGAGGUGUACAUCCCCAGGAACGCGGGGGUUGGCUACUUGGUGACGGUGGUCAAGGCAGAUGACUAUGAUGAGGGUGAAAAUGGCAGACUUUCCUACGAAAUGGUGGAAGGAGACAGAGGAUUUUUUGAGAUCGACCAGGUCAAUGGAGAGAUAAGGACCACCAGAGCCUUUGGGGAGAAUGCCAAAACAGCCUACGAGCUCAUCGUGGUGGCUCAUGACCAUGGGAAAACAUCUCUCUCGGCUUCUGCCUUGAUUUUGAUAUACCUGUCUCCAGCCCUGGAUGCCCAGGAGUCCAUAGGAUCUGUUAACCUCUCCUUGAUUUUCAUUAUUGCCCUGGGGUCUAUUGCAGCCAUUCUUUUUGUCACCAUGAUCUUUGUGGCAGUCAAGUGCAAAAGGGAUAACAAGGAAAUCAGGACCUACAACUGCAGAAUCGCCGAGUACUCCUACGGGCAUCAGAAGAAAUCGAGCAAGAAGAAGAAGAUCAGCAAGAACGACAUCCGCCUGGUACCGCGGGACGUGGAGGAGACGGAUAAAAUGAACGUUGUGAGCUGCUCCUCUCUCACCUCCUCCCUCAACUACUUCGACUACCACCAGCAGACGCUGCCGCUGGGCUGCCGCCGCUCCGAGAGCACCUUCCUCAACGUGGAGAGCCAGAACAGCAGGAACGCGGGCUCCAACCACAUCUACCACCACACCUUCACGGGGCAGAGCCCCCAGCAGCCCGACCUCAUCAUCAACGGCAUGCCGCUGCCGGAGACUGAAAACUACUCCUUUGAUUCCAACUACGUGAACAGCAGAGCUCAUUUAAUAAAAAGCAGCUCCACGUUCAAGGACUUGGAGGGGAACAGUCUGAAGGACAGCGGGCACGAGGAGAGUGACCAGACGGACAGCGAGCACGACGUGCAGCGGGGCCUCUACUGCGACACGGCCGUCAACGACGUGCUCAACACCAGCGUGCCCUCCAUGGGCUCCCAGGGCCCAGAGCCAGAGCAGAGCGAGGGCUUCCACUGCCGGGAGGAGUGCCGCAUCCUGGGCCACUCGGACAGGUGCUGGAUGCCCCGCGGCGCCGUGCCCAGCCGCGCCAAGUCCCCCGAGCACGGCAGGAACGUCAUCGCCCUGUCCAUCGAGGCCUCGGCGGUGGACGCGGAGCCUUACGCGGACUGCGGCACAAAAAGGACCUUCGCCACCUUCGGCAAGGAGGGCGGCGAGCCCCCGGCCGAGGAGCGGCUCGCCAACCCCAAAGGCAAAAGAACGGUGGACUCGGCCGCCUGCAGCCCCAAGGUGAGCGGCGCCGUGCGCGAGGCCGGCAACGGCUGCGAGGCCGUCAGCCCCGUCACCUCGCCCCUGCACCUCAAGAGCCCCUUGUCCUUGGCCGGCAAGCCGGCGGCCUACGCGGCCGGGCACUGCGCCGGCAGCCGGGAGCCCUUCGGGAACUCUGGUGGCCCUUCCCGGCCCACCGAGGCAGAGCCCCGGGGCGCGGACAGCGAGAGCAGCGGGCAGGAGGGCAACCCGCUCCUGCAGGAGCGCCGGGAAAAGGACUCGCCCGGUGCCCGCAGACUAAAGGACAUCGUCCUCUGAGCGGCACUCGGCGGGCGACGACGAGCACGAGCACGAGGACGAGGACGAGGGACCGCACGACUCCCAGCGCAGAUUGUUUUUAUCGCUUACCAAUGGUUCACAGAUUGCUGUAUUUAAAAGCUUUCCCUAAAUGUAUUGUUUAUAAAUGGAGCUAUCGUUAAUGUGACAAUCCCACGUGUCUGACGGGCGGCAGGGGUGUGCAGCCGGAGCGGAGGAGCCGGUGUUCCGUGUUUCGCUUCGGCCGGGAGGCGGCGGGUGGCGGGGCAGAGGCCAGACCCCCCGGUCCUCAGGAGCGCUCGGUGUCCCCUCCUCGGAGUUUAUAUAUUUUUAUAUCUCUAAACGAAGAUAAAUUUCCAUUCCUGGCGAGAAUGGAGUGGCCAAUUCCUUAUUCGGACAUCUUUAGUAACCACCCCGGCAAUUUUGUAGUCUGGACAAAGUAGCGGCUGUUUCUUGCGUGGGACUGUUCAGAGCGACAGUCGGGUGAGUUUCAGUUCCCAUUCACCCAGCACGAGGUUGUUUGUCUUUCAAGGUGUUGGUGUUUUGCUAUGGACACCCCUGCAUUUAUGAAUCCUUUUGCUGUCACAUACUUACCUGUACUAUUAUUGUAUUUGAUAUUGCAAAUUACUGUAUGUCUAGUGAUGGCAAAAGGCUUUCAGGCUUAAAAAAAAGGAAUAAAAAAAAAUUAUCAAUCACAAUCAUCUUACUUAAACUUUGGGGAACCUGCAGUUUGCAGCCCCGGUGGAGCAAGCGCUUCUUCCAGCCCCCACCUUUGCCUGCAGCCUCCCCCGGCUCCUGCAGGAAAAUGACAGGGCAUUAUGGGAAGACGAUUUUGGGAAAAUCCUGCCUCGAUUGCAAUUGUCGGAUGCACUGUGCUGAACUUUUCCCCUUACCCGUUUCUUUUUGCAUAAUUUCGAGGCAAUGCAUAGAAAGGUUUUUUUCCAGAAGUUGGUUAUUUUGGUUUUUUUCCAGUUCCCAGAUUUAGAUAUCCCUCGCCUCCAGUCAUUUCCAAGUCAAAGAGAUGGAAUUAUUUUAAGAGAUCUAAAUUACCUUCUGAAUUAGACACACACACUUCCCAGUCAGCGUUCCUUAGCCAUGAUUACACCAAGAGGGUGUAUGUAGGUAUGACAUCAUGGCAUGGAUUUUAGAAUGUUCCCAUUUCUUUCUAUCCCUGCAUCAUAAAUAAGUAUGGAAUGAGCAAUAGUGAUGUUAAUUUAGGGGCAGACAGGUGAUAUGUAACAACGCUACUAAUUCAAUUAAUGUGCCUUCUUAAUGGAGAAAAAAUUAAAGCAAUUCUUUAUUUUUUCUCAUAAUUAAGGACUUUUUUGUGUGGGUACAAAUCUACUCAUGUAAAAUUGAUUUGAAAAUUGAGCUACUUUAAUAGCCAUUUUGUAGAAGGGAGAGAGGGAAGGGAUUCCACAGCUCUCUGCUCUCUUGCAGUGAUGAUUCCUCAGUGAGGUAUGAGUAAGGUAGGAGGAUUUCAGUUAGUGUAUUAUUAUUAUUAUUAUUAUUGCUAUUAUUAUUAACCCUUCACUGAACAGAUUUUUCCUACCCUCAAUAAUGUUUCCUAGAAUUUAAAAUCAAUUAUGGAAGGAAAAAUAUAUAGCUCUUGCCAAUGUUUGCUGUACCAGCAAGUUGAAAUUAGUGGUUUCUAGAGAAAGAGUCUUUCUAGGUCUACAUAUCAUGAUAAAGUAUUUUUUACUUGAUUUAUUUAAAUUAAAAACAACAAGAAAACAAGUUCCAGCUAUUAUUAUCCUCAAAAUAAAAUGAAACUCCAGCCUUUUAUUUCUUUAGGGCAGAUUGUUCUUGCCUGAAGCCACAGCUGGUCCGAGACAGGUCCAGAGUCAGCCUGUUUCCCCUGCCACUUGUUAGGGCCAGGAAUUGGGAAAGAAUCAACAAAAAAACAGUUGUGUGAUGAAAUUUGUGAUGCUUCCCUCACUGGUGUGAUGACUACCUCAUUCAGCUCCCAUCCCACGUGUUAACAUGAUGUCCUGCAUCCCUCCAGAAAGGAAACUGGGGGUUUUCUCCCCUCUUCUGGAUUCUGAGCCCAUUUUUCAGGGAUAUGUUGUUUCUGUUCCCUCUGUGUUUCCUGCCUGUGUACUGCUACUGCUAUCAUUUAUUUCUGUUUUUUUUCCCCAAAUGUGUGUUUUAUUAUAACACAAAGAGGAGAGGGGCUGGCUCGGGGCAGUUGGAGUAACUGGGUGUUCUGUAACUGGUAAGCUGAGUUUAUUCUGAUGUUACCUGGUUUUGUCAGCUCUGGGAGGUUUUUUGGGGGGAGGAGAAACUCCUCCCGUGUGUUUGCUGAGAGACAGAGCCUGCCUUGCCCCGUCUGUCAGAUGCUCUGGGCUUCACAGGGCAGCGACUCCAUGUGGCCCCAUCAUCCCCCCACACCUCCCAGGAGGGACCCGUGGUGGGCUGGGGAGUGGGGGUCCCCCAGGUGCCCCAUCACCAUCCCCAGCUGCCUGGAAAAGCACCAGCCCUUCAUUCCUGCCGAGCCUUGCCCCCUGCCUGCGGAGCUGCCACCACCAGCCCUGUGUUUUGGAUGAAAAAUAGAUGCUAAGUGAAAAGGAAGA